AUGUCGGCAAUAACAGAGGCGCCUCAGGCUCAGCCCGAGACGAAGCCAGUUCAAGACGCUCCCUCAAAACCCGAAGGACAGAAAUGGCAGAACGGCAACAAAAAGCAAAAUGGCAAGCGUCCCUUCCAAGGUCAGGGAGGUGGCAGGAACAACUUCAAGCAGCGGAAAUCCAAGCGUGAGAGAAACAUUACUGAGGGUUCAUCGGAAGAGGUCUUGGCGGCGGAUGUGCAAGCGCUCAUCGCCUCCCGCAAAGAAUUGUUCCCGGAGCCCGAAACCACGGAGGGUGAGGCCGAAGCUGCCGAGACACCCAAGACACUGCUCCCCGACCUCUUUACCGAAAUCGAGGUAGAAGUCCUAGAACUCUCCUCUACGGGUGACGGCCUCGCCGUGCAGCCCAACUCCCCCAAUGUCUACGUCGUCCCUUUUGUGGCGCCGGGUGAUGUCGCGAAGAUCAAGGUAGUCCGCCAUGUUCGUGAAGAGAACUACUCUGUCGCCGACUUCUUGUCAGUCAUCAAGCCCGGUCCCCUGCGUGACGACUCCCGGAUCAACUGCAAAUACUUCUCGCAAUGUUCCGGCUGCCAGUUUCAAAUGCUCGAUUACGACACUCAGCUUGCCCACAAGCGCACCAUCGUCGAGAAGGCAUUCCGCAAUUUCUCACAACUCCCGCCGGAGCUGGUACCUACUAUCAAAGACACCAUUGGCAGUCCCUUGCAAUAUGGCUACCGCACGAAGCUCACCCCGCACUUUGACGGCCCCCCGGGCUUCCACAGGAGGGGCAAGCCGCGCCCGGCUCUGGACAAGGUCCCUGAUGUGGGCUUCAACGCCAAGGGCCGGCGCAUUGUGCUCGACAUCGAGGACUGCCCUAUCGGAACCGAUGCUGUGAGGCUCGGUAUGAAGCGCGAGCGUGCGCGCAUCGCCCGCGACUUUGGCAACUACACCAAGGGCGCCACCAUCCUCCUCCGCGAGAACACCAAGCGGUACCCCAAGGACGCCGAGGAGCAGCCCCCGGCAGAAACACCGGAAGACGCGGUGCGCGUCGAGACAGACGCCCACGUCGACAUCAAGACCUGCAUCUCGGAACCCACAGGCGUCAUGUCUAGCGAGUACAUCGACUCCUUCAUCUUCACCAACCCCGCCAACUCCUUCUUCCAGAACAACAACUCCAUCCUACCAAAAUUCACAGACUACAUCCGCCAGCACGUCAUGCCCCCCGCCGGACCCAACCGGGACCGCAUCAAGUACCUCAUCGAUGCGUACUCGGGCUCCGGCCUCUUCACCAUCACCCUUGCGUCGCUCUUCAAGGGCAGCACCGGUAUCGACAUUGCCAAGGACUCCAUCGAGUGCGCGAGGAAGAACGCGCGGAUGAACAAUCUGCCCGAGGAGCAAUGCAACUUCAUGGCCGCCGACGCGCCGGAGCUAUUCAAGCACGUCACGUACCCCGCCGACGAGACCGUCGUCGUCAUCGACCCUCCUAGGAAAGGCUGCGACAACGAUUUCUUGAGCCAGCUGCUGAGGUUUGGCCCGCGGCGUGUGGUGUACGUGAGCUGCAACGUACACACGCAAGCGCGUGACGUUGGUGUAUUGGUUCGUGGCGACGGGGGUGAUGGCACAAAAUACGAGAUUGAGAGUCUGGUGGGUUUCGACUUCUUCCCCCAGACGGGACAUGUCGAGGGCGUUGCGGUGUUGAACAGGGUAGAAAAAAGUACAUGA